AUGGAGUCAGAUAGGGAGUCCUUUAGCCCCCAAAGGCUCUUUGAGACCAUAGAGAACCACAACACCGAGAUGAGUCGGGUGUUAGAACAUCUAGUGACCUCCUUAGCCACCAUAAGAAGAGAGAGUAAUGCAAACAUAGAGAGGCUUGAGAGGAGGUUUGCAGAAAAAAAUCAAGAGGAUGAAAGAGAAAGAAAAAACCGAGAGGAAAGAAGAAGAGGAAAUAGGGAUGCAUGUGGAGAAUCCCUAGAUGAUAGAUGGGCCGGUGGCAUCCACAUGGAGGAUCGGCCAAGGAGCAUGGAAAGACCCAUGAGUGAACCCUUAGGUAGUCCCCAUUCUUGUAGGCCUUAUGGCCAACAUGUGCAUGAAGGAAGGAGAAGGGAUGAACGGGUGAACCAUGAAGGGUUUGAAAGGGGGUUCGGACCACAUGAAAGAGGGAUUAGAAAGCCCAAGAUAGAAUUUCCAACCUUCGGUGGAGGGGACCCUUAUGAAUGGCUCGACAAAGUCGAGCAAUACUUCCAUGUCUACGAGACCCCUAGAGAAGAGAAGGUGACCUUGGCAAGCUAUCAUCUUGAAGGAAGGGCCAAUAGAUGGUGGCGGUGGCUAAGGAACAUAUAUGAGAAGGAGGGAAAUUAUUUGGGGUGGACGGCCUUCGUGCAAGAAUUCAUGAACCAAUGGGGGCCUUCACCUACCAUCAAUCACCAUGGCCAAUUGGCCAAACUCAAGCAAGAGGGCAAAGUCCAAGUCUACAUCGACGAGUUCCGACAACUUCAAAUUAUGGUUGAAGGAUGGUCGGAAGAGGCACUACUUGGCACUUUCGUGGACGGGCUCAAACCUUGGUUAUCCAAGGAGAUCAAAUUGAAGCAACCUACCCAUCUUCAAGAGGCGAUGCGGAUGGUGGAGAUCCUUGACCAAGCCAACAUCCUAGACCGGCGGACCAAGGAUAGUACCAACCGCAACUUGCAGCCAACCAAAGUGCAGCCGGCAGCAAGCUCUUCCAAGCCCCAUUCAGCCGCUGCAUCAACCUCCAAACAGCAACCAUCCCAUGUGAAGAAGCUCAGCCGAGAGGAGGUUCAAGAGUACAUCAAGAAGGGCUUGUGCUUCAAGUGCGGCGCCAAGUGGGAGAAGGGCCAUCGCUGCAACCCGGGACAGUCCUAUGUGCUGAAAAUCGACAGCGGCAGCGAGGAGGAAGUUGAUGAUGCCUCAACCUACAGCACUUCGGAUGAGGAGGACUCCACCGAGGAUCAGCCCACCAGCCCCUUGCCAAAAGAUGCUGAGCUCUCCCUCCAUGCACUCACCGGCAUUCAAAGACCAUCAACCAUGAGGAUGACGGCAUGGAUCGGCAAGCAUGAAGUCUCUUUGCUCGUUGACAACAGUUCGUCCCACAAUUUCAUCAACCCGGGAGCCUUGCAGCGAGUGGGACUCAAGGGAGCAGCAACCGAGCCGUUCGAGGUCAAGGUAGCAAGCGGCGAGCGGCUCAAAUGUCAGCAAAUUGUCAAGGACGUGCGACUCAACAUCCAAGGGGUAAGGAUUUCUGCAGACUUACAUGUACUACAACUUGUAGGUUUGGACGUCGUCCUUGGCAACGCAUGGCUCCGAGGCAUUGGUAAAGUAGUCACCGACUACAAUACCAUGACUAUGGAGUUCCGGAUCAAUGGAAGGAAGAAGAUGUGGACAGCACUUAACCACAAAGAAGCCCUACCAUGCGAAGCCAACAUGAUCGAGCGCCUAUGCCGGGGAGGUGCACUUUGCUUCGCUGUUGUGAUGACCAACCAUGGAGUGGCUGCGGAGGGACCUCAACCGCAGCCACCGCAAGUACAAGAGUUGCUUGCAGCACAUCAGGGGGUCCUAGCCAUGCCGACCGCACUCCCUCCCAAGCGCGCCUUCGACCAUUCCAUCCGGCUCAAGGAAGAAGGCAAGCCAAUCAACGUACCUCCUUAUAGGUACGCGCACUUCCAAAAGGGAGAGAUUGAAAGGCAGGUUGAAGAGAUGUUGAAACAGGGAAUCAUCCAACCGAGCACCAGCCCAUUCUCCUCGCCGGUUUUGCUAGUGAAAAAGAAAGAUGGGUCUUGGAGGUUCUGCACCGAUUACAGGGCCUUGAACGAGGCCACCAUCAAAGAUAGAUUCCCCAUUCCAACCGUGGACGAGAUGCUUGAUGAGCUCCACGGUGCGAAGUACUUCACCAAACUUGAUCUUCGGUCCGGCUACCAUCAAAUUCGGAUGCGCGAUGAGGAUGUCCACAAGACCGCAUUCCGCACUCAUUCCGGACACUACGAGUACUUGGUCAUGCCCUUCGGACUUUGCAAUGCUCCAUCAACAUUCCAAGCAGCCAUGAACCAGGUAUUCAAGCCGCAUCUCAGAAAAUUUGUAAUUGUCUUCUUCGAUGACAUUUUGAUCUACUCCAAAACCCUAGAAGAGCAUAUGCGGCAUCUAGACUUAGUUUUGCACACUUUGGAGGAACAUCAUUUCUUUAUCAAACCCUCCAAAUGUGCCUUUGUACAAACUGAGCUAGAUUACCUUGGGCACGUGGUAUCCGGGGACGGUGUACGGGUUGACACCCGAAAAGUGGAGGCCAUGACAGAUUGGCCAUUGCCCAAGGACAUUUCAGCCUUGAGGGGAUUCUUAGGGCUCACAGGCUACUACCGGCGCUUCGUCAAAGGAUAUGGCCUCAUCGCCAAACCCCUCACGGCCAUGUUGAAGAAGGAUGGAUUUGCAUGGACACCAGCCGCACGCCAAGCAUUCGAAGACCUCAAAAGAGCCAUGACACAGACACCAGUGCUUGCAUUACCGGACUUCAACACACCAUUCCAAGUCUUCACCGACGCGAGCAAUGAAGGAAUCGGAGCGGUGUUAGCUCAAAACAAGCGGCCCAUAGCCUUCAUCUCCAAAGAACUCGGGCCACAAAAGAAAGCUUGGAGCACUUAUGCACGGGAGCUUCUCGCAGUGGAUUAA